GACUCCCAACAAGUACCAUUAGCAAAGGUAAAAAUUUGAACAUCCAAUUUAUUUCUUAUUUUACUCAUGGUCUACAUUUCUUAAUAUUUUGUGAUUUUAGCACCUUCUGCCACCAGAUCUACAAUUGGGAUGCCAAGACUCCCAACAAGUACCAUUAGCAAAGCACCAUCUGCCACCAAAUCUACAGUUGUGAUGCAAAGAUUCCCAACAAGUACCAUUAGCAAAGCUAAAAAGGUGACCAUAAAAUUUAUAUGGAGUCUUACUUUUUGGUAUAACUUUUUAUAAUUUUUGGUGAUUCUAGCACUUCUUAGAAACAAUUCUACAAAUGGAAUUUCAAUAUCGACAAUCACUAUCAAAGGUAAAAAAUGCCAUCCAUUACAUUGUGUUGUAUGACUUCUAUGAUUUUAAUUGGUUGGUUUAAUACCACAUCUUCUUUAAUAGCAAAAGGAAAAGCAGGGCCUGUAAAUGUUAAAAGUUUACCACUUACCUGUAGCAUCUAUUUUACUACGCUUCAACAAUUGUCCCCGUAAAGGUGUAGACCCUUUGUUUUUUGAGCAUAUGGAUAAUGGCUUUGGUAAGUAAGAAAAAAUUGCUAAAAAAUUUAAAAGUUGAAAGAUUCUCGUUAACUAUAUCUAUAUAUUAAAUAUUUAUAGGAUUUCCUUCACGCUGCUUUGACAGUCAAAGACAGAAAACAAAAGUUUGCCUCUGUGUCGAUUUGACUUACUGAAAGGCAGUUUAAAGAAAUCAUGACAGAAUGGUGUUCUAGUUUAACAAAUACAAACUUCGCCUUUUAUAAACAAGGCAAACAACGACAACUAGAAGUUUUAGAUUCUAUGACUCCACAAAAAUUGCAUAAUAGUGGUUUUAAGGGUAUCGUAAUCAUACAAAAACAUUAAGGUAGUUUUGUUAAUCAGGUAUAUUUAUAUAAUGAAUAUUUAGCAAAAUUUGGUGUUAAUCAGAUAGUCAGAUAGACUGCCUAAAUAAUGACAAAUUUACGCCUUUGCUAAAAUUACUGACAUAUAUUCUUAUUUAUUAGCAACUACGCAAGAAGUAUCGACUUCUCCAUCUUUUUUGGAAACAUUUCUACAAUGUUUUCUCAGUCAGCAACUACACGUGAAGUAUCGCCACGUCCCUCUUCUUCUGAAAGUGCAUUAUAACAUUUUCUCAGCCAGACCAUGAUAUCUUGCCAUUUCCAACUGUUGAUCAAACAAUUUCACAGUCACCUUCUUCGGACACACAGCUUUCCUUAAAAGACAUUCGUAAUCGCAAGCAUCGGUCACUAGGACAACAAACUGAAAUUUUGAUUAAUCGCAGCAGGAUACCGGAGACCGCUACUGACAGAUAUAGAGAUGCCAGCAUCGUCAAACAAAUUAUUUGUAAAAUUUUUGAAUGAGUCGGGAGAAGAUGCAGAUGGUGUGACACGCGAUUUCUUUGCUUCAUAUUGGCUGAGAUUUAACCAACAAUAUGGAUAUGGUGAAAAUAUGAAGUUUUUCAUGCUCAACUUGCAUAAUCUCAAUGAUAGUGUGAUUUUUACUUCUGCUGGCAGAAUACUUCUUCAUGGUUUUAUCGUAGGUGGUUAUCUACCAUUGCAGAUAGCACCAUCCCUCCUUUAUAGAGUGUUAUUCAACAAGCUACCGUCAAAGAAAAGUGAAAAAAGAGAUUUCGUUAAAUCUCUUGGUGAAUGUGAUCAACAAAUAAUUGAGAAUGCUAGUCGUGCAACAGCGUUUGAUGCUACAAUAAUCAAUAAGCUUUUGGACAUUUUUUCUAACAAUCAGUUAAUACAAGUUCCGGUUGCUGAUGAUUUUAAAGAUGUUUUGGAAAAAAUAGCCUUUUUCGAAAUAGUUUGUUCACCACAUUUCAUGACGCAUCAAAUGGCAAGUUGCGAUGAAAUGUUUGACGAUAUAAGCGAAGACAUAUUCUUGAACUAUGUGGAAUCAUUAAGACUCAAAGGUCAGGAAUUGGUAAAGAUCUUAAAGGCAUCCUUUUCUACAAACCAGUCCCUUUAUGGUCGUGAGGAAAGGGUUUAUGGGUUUGUUGAAAGGUAUGUGUCUGGUCUUAAUCAAAACAUGGCUUCAAAAUUUACCCGAUUUGUCAGUGGAAUGGAUGUAAUGCCUUUUACCAUCAGGAUUGAGUUCAAAGGGGCAUCCAAUCCUGAGACAAUGUUUCCGAUUGCUCACACUUGUGGGUACGUGCUGGAAGUAUCACCAUAUUUUUUAAAUUACGAAAUCUUCAAAUAUAUGAUGAAUCGUGUUUUAAUGAAUAGGAAUGCCUCGGAAAGAUUUCAUUUGACGUAGCCAGUGACACUAUUUUGAUUUUUUUGUUUGUUGUUAUUAAUUUUAUAAUAAAAACAUACAUAUUUUGACAACGUUUUGGGUGUUCACCCAUUUUUAUUUUAGUUUUACAAGGAAGUUUAUUAAUUUUUUACGUUCAUUAUUUUUUGGUCUUCUUAUUACCUUAUUCAUGGAAAUUAACUAAUCACAAAAUUAACGCAAAUUUUGGAAAUUUGCGUUAAUCAAAUGCCUCUUCUUAAAGUGUAAUGUAAAUAUCCAGGACGUUAAAAUUGAAUUCUGUAAAUUACACUUUUCUUUAAAAACAAUCCCAAUUUAAACAAUCGCUCCAAAAAUUGCCAAAAUUUUAAAGAGUUGCUAAACAAUUUUCUGGGUCGAAUAUGAAAUACAUACCUCAUUAACUUCCUGGAAUAAGAUAUUUUAUAGACAAUUAUAGUUCCACAUUUUUUAAAGGUAAUUUAGAAAUAUUACCUCAUUUAAGACUUUGAGCUCAUUCGGUAAAACGUUAUUUUGAUGAGGUUCUUUUUGUUUCAUAUUUUUUGCUGUUUCUGGGAUCAGCUAUUCGCUUUUUAAUUUCUAACCGGCGAUCCUCUGGCUGAGUAAGGCUUGGAUGAUUAGAAAAAAUGAAAAUAUUGUAAACAAAUAUCACAACAACGUGUAUUGCGAAUGGUUAUGCAAGGGUCGAGUGUCUAAUAUAUUAUUAUCUUAGUUUUUAUUACAUGUUGGACGCCAUGUUUAUUUUUGGCGGUUUUUAUGUCCUAUAUAUCUUUAUUUACGUUCUUAAAUUUUGUUACAAAGCAAUCCUCUUUUUGAUUUUGAAGGCAGAUAUCUCGCCAAUAAGAUAUCUUGCCUCAACUAUUUCAAAGAUUGUACCCUUAAAAAUCACUAAAAGUAUUCUAAUAUUGUAUCUGUUUUUGUUAUAUCUGACUAUUGACUGUGUUCCUUUUUUCGUUGCUAUAAGUUUUUAUAUGUAAUUAUGUAUGUUUUACUUAUUGCUCUUUUUAGAACAAGUUACAAAAAACAAGAAACAAUGAAUCAGUAUGUAAAAGAUUGUUAUGUUCGACCAGCACGUUAUUUUCCAGAUUUAAAACAUUUUUUAAUUUAAGAUAAUUAGUUGGCAAGGUUCAACGCAUUACUGUAUUUUAUUUUCAACUAAUUAAAAGGGAAGAUAAUCUUAGCGACUAAGACACAUUCU